AUGAAACCAAUUAAUGAAGGAAGAGGUGAAGGUGAAGUACAGCCUUUACUUAAUAGUGAUUAUCAAUAUUCUAAACCAUCAUUUAGAAAUAGAAGUAAAUAUAAUAUUAUAGUUUUAGGAUUAAGUUUUUGUAUUUUAUUUUCAGCAUUUUCUCCAACUCAGGAAUUACAAACUACAAUUAAUAAAAAUCUCGGGUCAGAUUCAUUAGCAGUAUUAUAUGCAUUUUUAUCAGUAACAAAUUUUAUAUCACCAUUUGUAAUUUUAAAAUUAGGAGAAAGAUUAUCAUUAAUAGUUGGUACAUUAACAUAUUCAGCAUAUAUCGCAGCAAAUAUUAAAGUUACAAUACCAACAUUAUAUGGUGCGUCAGUUUUACUUGGUAUUGGUGGUGCUAUUUUAUGGACUGCUCAAGGUUCUUUUGUAAUUCAAUGUUCAACAGAGAGUACAAUUGGCGCAAAUACUGGUUUAUUUUUUGCAUUAUUUCAAAUUAAUCAAAUUAUUGGUAAUUUAGGUACAGCAGCAUUGAUUGAUAAAGCAGGUUUACAAAAUGAGGUUUUAUUUUUAAUAUUUUUAGGUGUAUCAUUAUUGUCGAUAUUGGGAUUUGCAAUAUUGGGUAAACCAGUUAAAGUAAAUGAUAAAGGUCAAAUAGUGGAGAAAGAGAAUCAAACUAUGUCAAUUAGGGAUCGUUUAUUAUCAACUAUAGUUUUAUUUAAAGAUAGACCAAUUCAAUUAUUAGUAGCACCAUUGCUUUAUAGUGGUAUUAGUCAGUCAUUCUUUUUUGGUGUAUUCCCUCAAUUACUUGGUAAGGAAUGGAUUGGUUAUGUGAUGGCUGUAUUUGGUUUUUGCGAUGCUGCUGGCAGUAUGAUCAUGGGUAAAUUGUCUGAUAUUUUCGGUAGAAAGAUACUUGUGGUCUUUAGUACCGUGUUUUGUAUUUCUGGUACUGUUUUAUGUAUCCUAUUGGACAGAUUAGUCUCAACACAAUCAGAGAGAAUACCAUACUAUUUCAUAGUUGCCGCUUUAUUAGGUUUGGCAGAUGCCGGCUUCAAUACUCAAUUAUACGCAUUAAUCGGUGUUAUCUAUCCAAAGAAAGGUGAAGCUGCUGCCGGUGUUUUCAAAUUCGUUCAGUCAACUGCAACUGCUGCUGCCUUUGUCUAUGGUCCAUAUGCUACAUUAUUUGAUAAUGUCAUUAUCGUUGGUUCUUUAGUAAUUUUAUCUUGUGUAUUAUUCAUGUUUGCUGAUAAUUUUUCAAAAAGAGUUUCAAUUGAUGAGUUAACUGUUUGA